GCCUGGCAUCUACUUACCAGAAUAAACCUCUUUGCGAAACUAUAUAUAUCUAACAUCCCGGAAAAGACAAAAGAUUAUAAAAAAUAUAAAUAUGGGCUGGUUCUGGGCUUCUCCAACCCCAACCGCCAAUGAAUACAUCCAAGGCGCGGAGCGGCAGGGACUCGGACUAUUGCGAUCAGAUAACCUGCCAGCGUCCGAAUCCGGUUGUCCCAUCAGGACCCUUCCAGGCCAGAACAAGAAUGACACACAACAACAUCCUCCCUCCUGCCCCGUCCGAGCAAAGGAUGACCCCUUCCACCCACCCUCCUCCCUCGACACCACCACAUCCCAACCCCAAUCAACCCUCUCCAGACUCAAUCCCUUAAACUACAUGUUCGCCUCGAUCCCGCAAAGCCGCGCGCCAAACCAGACCGUCGACCUCAGCGUCGAGCGCGAGGUCUCCUCUAUCCCCCGCGCCGACAGCACCAGCAGCAGGUGGGAAUACCCGUCGCCCCAGCAGAUGUACAACGCGCUCCUCCGCAAGGGCUACUCGGACACGCCGCAGGACGCCGUUGAGGCGAUGGUUGCCGUGCAUAAUUUCCUCAACGAGGGCGCGUGGGAGGAGAUUGUGGGCUGGGAACGCACGUUUGCGGGCGGGCUGUGGAAGGGGUGGUUGCGGUGUAAGCGAGGGGAAUUGAAUUUGUUGAGGGAGGAGCAUCGGGAGGAGAGGGAGAUGGGGAGUGGUGGGGAGAGUGAGCCGCGUGCUGAGCCGCGCUUGGUGAGAUUCAUGGGUAGGCCGCAGGAGAGGACGCCCAAGGCAACCAUUUUGCAGGCGUUGGGCUGGGUUUAUCCGGCCAAAUUUGGAACAUCACCCCCUUUCGACCGUCACGACUGGUAUGUACAGCGCCAGACAUCUUCUGGACCUAAAGAAGUUCGCUACGUGAUUGAUUAUUACUCCGGACCGCCGGGGCCGGAUGGCGAGCCGGUAUUUUAUCUGGAUAUCCGCCCUGCAAUCGAUACACCUACAGCAGCGAUUGAGCGGAUGAUGAGAUGGGGCGGCGAUGUAUGGUGGAGAGCUAGCGGUGGAGCCGCAAGAGAGUCGGAGAAGAAAUAAUUUUUUUCGACAUUUUAUUGUUCCCCGUCUCAUUUGGAACUGUACAUUUUUUUCUUUUUUCGGAUUUUUAUGAGUAUUGUCUGAUAAAUACUCAUCGGAUUCAUGGGAGGUGAAUACGCAUCUGCCAACACUGUUACAGCCAUUUAUGCAUGUCCCCUUUUGUAUUUGUAUUACCUUGUAUUUUUCUGUCGUUUUUCUCGUAUCUGUUUCCAUUUUCUUCAGCCCAUGGCAUGUUUGGUACACUAUGUUUUUCUUUAUUCUUGUUUCGCUGGAUAAGUUCAUGAGCUGGCUUGGGACGGAUGCAUACAUAUUGGAUGGAGUUUUUCUUCUGGUUCUUUACCUUUCUUGGUGUGCUAAUAAUGCAGGUCCUACUCAACUCCCGUCUUUCGUUGUAUGGUUCCGAUAUCUUGUGAAACAUCUUUUGUAUAGCUCAGUGAGUCAGUCCUUCAUGCUACUUUGAUGACUUCGGCAAGUGAUAAUUAAUCAUGUGAUAAUAGCUCUCCAACCCAG